GUGUUAGCCCAAAAACACUCCAAAUAUAAUAAAAACAGAAAAAUAUAUUCUCUUGAAUAUGCACUUUAAUUUCUAGCGCACUUUUUUUUUUUCUCUUUUUAUUAUGUUGUACAUACGGGUGAUGCCUGCAGUUUUUAAAACGGUUUUCAAGCAGUUUAACAAAAUUGGAGGAUUUCCCAAGGCCCACCCCCUUUGCAACUGAUGUCAUCAUUAGACAUUUUGCUUCCUUGUUAUCCACACAAAUGAUUAGAUGAUGCAGGCUUUGUGUGCUCACUGUGCAAUGAUAGCAUAUAUCUGCUUGGCUGUAGAAGGAUCUAUUUUAACCACUGCAGCCAUUUCUGAACCCAUAGUUGCCUUUGCUACUGCUGUACGCUGUAAUGGUUCUGGGGCUUGGUGUCAAUUUAAUUUGAGAGAUGGAAACAAAUUGAGAUAAUUCUAAAAACACGGUCUGCCAGCUGACCUUGUAUUUAUUCAUUUAAUCUCCGCAUUGAACUCUUUUAACUUGUUUUGGCACAUCUCUGCAUUUUUAUUCAUUAAACAGGAAAUUCUGUGACUUGACAGGAUAACUGCCAAUUUUGACUUUACUAUUUAUAUUUUGGAAUCCCUCUGUCCGUUCCAUCUCUGGAUUGAUAUAGUGCAAUGGAUAUUGUUUUUUUUUUUUUUUUUUUUCAUUUUUUGAUAUCAUAUAAAUAUUUAUUUUUUUUUCUCUUUAAAACAACAAAAAUCUAUAAAAUCUCAGAAUGAUGUCUCUCUCAAGUCAGAUGUAUGCCUUGAAAAGCUCCUGUACUCAUUUAUAAAGUAAUUGAUUUACCAGUAGGGAUAUUAACCCUUUGUCUCCUGUUUUCUUGAGCAGUCCAAGAGCUGCUGUCAGAGGAGCAUGGAUGCAGCUUGCCAGCAACACCGCAGUCUAUCUCUGAUCUGAAAUCCCUGGCUACAGCCUUGCUGGAGACCAUCCACGAAAAAAACAUGGUGAUCCAGCACCAGCGACAGACUAACAAGUAGGUUUACUUCCCUGUAUUAUCCGGUUUACUGCACUCUCCUCACUGUUCCCUUGCUCCUGCCAGUACAUCUUAUUUUUACAAUUUUAUUUUUCUGCCCAAACUAGUGGAAGCAAUCCUAUUCACCUCCUCCAGGUACAUGGGGCGAGGCAGAUCCUUUGUAAGCAUGACCGUUCUGACCUAUGUGUUCUUGCAAGGGUUUUGUUAAAGGAUCAGAAAAGGGUGUCUGUAACUAGUGGUAUUCUAUAAAACACCUGCUAAACUUGUCACAUUGUACUUGUGCCAACAGAUAUUUACUAGACUGAUUAGAGUCAUUUGAGGAAACUGGACAUUAUUCAUGCAUGUUGGAGUUUAAGAUAAAAUAAGGUAGAAUAUCUUCUCUUGUUUGAUAUUCAUGGGGAAAGUAAAAUAUAUUAUCUAGCUCAAGAUUAACAGCAAUAGCUGUCUAUUUUUUUUUUUUUUUUUACAUUAUUAUUGCCAUUUAUAUAGCGCCAACAGAUUUCAUAGCGCUUUACAAUAUUAUGAGAGGGGGGAUUUAACUAUAAGUAGGACAAUUACAAGACAACUUACAGGAACGACAGGUUGAAGAGGGCCCUGCUCAAACGAGCUUACAGUCUAUAAGAGGUGGGGUAUAAAACACAUUAGGACAAGAAAUAGCAAUUAAAUAAUGUGGGUGUGAAGCAGAGCUGGAGGACAGAGUAAAGUGAUGCCCUUUAGGAGAGAGCAAGGGACAGGUAUGUGAGGUAGAGGUUACUCUGGGAGGCCAUAAGCUUUCCUAAAGAGAUGGGUUUUAAGGCACUUCUUAAAUAAUUGGAGACUAGGGGAGCAUUGGGUGGCGGUAGGCAGGCUAUUCCACAGGAAGGGAGCUGCAAGCCUGAGUUGGCCAUACGGGUGCGAGCAGCGGACAGGAGAAGGUCACGGGUAGAAUUGUUCAGUGAUAUAUAUAUAUAUAUAUAUAUAUAUAUAUAUAUAUAUAUAUAUAUAUAUAAAACAAGAGGGGGUUGGCUGCACUCACCUUAUCAUGCAUAAAUGGGGGUGCUGCUGGGGGCCAAAUAAUACAAUACACAAGAUCCAGCGCACUCACCUAUCCACUAAACAGCAACUUCAAUGUUGAAACAGCAACUUUCAACAUUGAAGUUGCUGUUUAGUGGAUAGGUGAGUGCGCUGGAUCUUGUGUAUUUUAUUUAUAUAUAUAUAUAUAUAUAUAUAUAUAUAUAUAUUAUAGUAUGGUAGUGUUAAUUAUUUUAAAGGCUGGGAAAGAAUCUUGGAAAUUGUAGAAGUAGAAACUCCAUGCAUCUACCUAUUGGUAUACAAUGUAUGAAAAUAAUAUUUAAAGUGACACUCCGAAAAUUGUCUUGCAAGGAGCUCCCAUUUAUGUUUCCCUUUAUUGUGGUGGUUAAAAUGGAAAAUAUAAUCCCAGCUCAGUGAUGUGGUAAGGGUAUAUGUAACACAUCCCACCAUAUGUACUUGUCUAAAAAGUGCAAAAUAAGCUCAGACUACCUCUGCCUGGCUCUGUCUGAAAUUUCUAUGAGAACGCCUGUACUGUGCCUGCUUUCAUGAGAAGAAAGAGUUGUUCAGGAAGUCAAGGCAUUUAUACCUUCUGAUCUACAUAUCCCAGAAACCUUUGCUGGGUUUUGAUUUAAGAGAUCUGAUAAGCUCCUAUUGUGGAACACUAUGGAUCAGUGUUUUAUGCUUUUUAUUGGUCUGAAGAGAGCAAAUUUAUUUAAACUUUUUGUAUAUAUUUAUGGAUUUUCUAUAUAAAGCAUUUGGCCGGUUCCUACAUUCAGUGUCUCUUCCAUCUCUAGUAGGUCUCCAUUGUGUUUAUUGGAACUGUAACAUGCUACUUUGUGUUAUUGUGGAUUGCUUGACUUGUCAAGUCUUAUAAUAUUUAACUCUUCCAGAUACUGUGCUUGGAAAAAAUAUUUCUGUAAUUUCUUGUACUUUUUCCAAAGACCCGUUGCACCACUGUAAUGAGCUUUAGUGGUUUUUUUUGUUGAUUAUCUAUUUAUUAUAGCCGUUCACAGUGAAAUGAACAGUAGUUGAAGUAUUUAAAUGGAAUAGUGAGACACUCUCUAGAUGACUAGGAAAACGUGUAAAACAUUUCAAGCUAAUUCAUUCUUUCUAAUAGACAGAGGUGGUGACUGAUGUGUUUUAUCAGCCAAUUGUGAUGAAUUUAAAUUCAAAACACCAAAUCACAAUAAAUUGAAAUGCAAAUUGCAAAAAUGGAAGUUAAUAUAACCUAGUUGUAGCUAUAGCUGGUUUGUAAAAGUUCUUAUCUUGGCACUUUCAUUCCUAAAUUUUGCAGUUGGGUUUUCAAUUCUAUGCCAUUCAGUACUUUGAUGAUUGCAAAAUCUGUGAGGAUAUUUAGCCCAUGUUCUGCAUAGUGUCUGGAGUCGCUGAGACUAUUAAGGCUGCAAUUUUAGUUUGGAGUAUUGCAGUAUAUCUGCUUAUUUGAGAUGAAGUUGCAUUGUGGAGAGCUACUUAUUAGCAGUUGGUGAUCUAUAGGAUGCCCUAUUGUAUUUUGGUACUAUACGAAUUUAGGAUUGUGUGAGAAUAACUCAAUCUAUGUUCAGAAUUCUAGGUAACAGAGUGGCAGAACUGGAGAAGAAACUAAGAACGCUAGAGGUUUCUGGAUUGUGGAGUCUCCCAGGUAUGUUUUAUUUUAUUCCGAAAGUAUUUUGUAAUUGGAGAAAGUUGUACUUUGAAAAUAAGGUGCUGUAAUUGCUGCUCAUAUGUAUGCUAGCAGUGGCAAAAUCCAAGAUAUGAUAUUGAUCUGUAGCAUUAAACGUUUCACACUGCGGUAACACGGUAAUUAGUGUGGGGUUCUAUGCAUAUAAAAUAGGCAGGGCAACAGGUUGAAUAGAAACAAAUCUGGAAUGACACAUACCCUGCUGUAUUGGCCGUUUAAAUUCCCAGAGAUUCUGAAAUCACUUUGCUGCAUAAAAUCACCAGCUUUCACACCUAUUUAAUUACAUUUUCCAUGUCGUGGCAGAAGUCUGCAGAAAGCAGAAUGGACCACGAAUUCCUUUGAAAGUCUCAUAGCUGUGAAUACAGACCUGGGAAAUGGUCUAAGAUUUGGGAAUUUGCUUCUUCAAAUUAAUUUAUUUUAAUUUUUUUCAGUAGAAUGAGGACAUGGCGAAAUCAACUGAAAAAUUAAUUCUGAGUAAAAUUAAUGAGGAGUAGUCCAGAAUAUGUGAAUGUUAUGAGUCUAUAAAACAGACUCCUAUAAUGUAUUAGAACAUCAAAUGAAAGUGGAUCAAUAGAGUCCUAUGUCGACAUUGGCUGCCUCUCAGUGGAAUGUGUUAUAUUGGGUUACUUUGCAAAUUCCAUAAAGAAACAAUCCAAAAGUUAUGGUGGGCAAAAAGGAGUUCUGAGAAACUCUCCUCUAGAGGUACAGUACAGUAAACCGAGCAAUGUUUGCACAUUACUAUGCACUCCAGUAAUGGUUUAACAGAGAUUUCCACAGGGAUAUUCAAAUGAUGCCAUAAGUGAUUGCUCUUGCCAUCUGUUUACAUCUUCUACUCAAUGAUGUUAUUUUAUUGUACCCAUUGUACAGCGCUAUGGAAUUUUCUGGCGCCAUAUAAGCAGUAAAAUUAAUAUUAAUUGUAGCCAAAGUUAUAGGGCCUACAGCUCCUCUUAUGUUAACCAUUUCAUCCUUAAUUGACUCCUCAGCAUGAUGAUGGUUUCAGGAAAAUAGUCUGAUGAAACUGCAUCCUGGGCAGGUCUGUGAGAAAUCUGUUGUGUCCGCUUUACUGGAAUGUAUAUUGUGCUCAAACAGUGCUCUACAGACUUACUGGCACUUGCUGGCCUUUAUUAUAAUAACUUUCAAGUUUGUGAGGGGCUUUUUGUGUUUGUUUGGUUUUUUUUUUAUCCCUUCAUGGCAAAUGACGUGCAUUGACCAUGUUGGUAUAGUCGGAUUUGCAAAAACCUUAGUCAUGCAGGGGAUAUUUAACAGGUACACUUUAAAAGUGUUUCGUUUCACUCCAUUCUCUCUUUGUUCUGUGUAAAAAUGUGUUAGAAGUUCACCCAUGAUGAGAAUGCAAAUUUCACACAGAGACGUAUAUAUGCAAUGUGCUUUUCACCGAUAAAUCAAAAAUGCAACAAAAGAAAAUAAACAGUUUAACAGUUAUGGAUGUUUAGAGCAGUUUCAUAUCUCUGAUGUUUUUUUUUUCUUCAUAAGCAGUUUUGUUAUACAUAGUGCACAGCAGUUGAAUACAUUUUCUUGUGAGAAACAAAUUCCUGUGAAUAAUUACUUUCUUUUUCCUUUCUCUGCUUCCUGAAGGCCUCAGCUACAAUGUCUCAGUGGGAUUUGGGAGUAGGUUACAUUUAAAAUGUUUUGUUAGACUGUUGUAUAAUAUUGCACAUUAUCUAUACUACAUCUCUCCAUUGCAUUACAUAUAUUUAUAAGUAGGUAAAUAUUGUUACCCUCAGAUCAACAUUUGUAUACACAAAAUACACUAUACGCAAACGCAUUGGGCUGUCAAUGUUCCAGCAUGCUUACUAAUUCUGUAUGUUAAUCUAGAAAAGUGUGAUGUCAAGAAGACCAUUCCAGUCCCUCUAUCCCUUGAGUCCCACUAAUUAAAAAUGAAAAUACAUACAUUCUUAGAGGUGGCCUGUUGGUUCCAUACACAGCGUCUCCAAGAUCAUCUCAGUUAUGCACAGGUGGAUUGGGAUCACCAAGAUCCUUGACUGAAGUGAGAAGAUCUUUAAAAAAAAAAAAAAAAAGUUGUUCAUAGUCCUUAAGACUAACUUUGAUCAUCCAUUUAUUUAACAAGAGUUACAUUUUGUAUAGACCGUUAUUUAUGUUCAAAUUAGGAUCGUUGUAUGCCAUUUAGUCUUAUUUAAAAGCCUUGUCUUCUUUUGAUAAGAAUAAAGAUCAAGAAAACAGAUGUCACAGUGCUGUGAUGAACAGUGGGCUUUCAUGGAAUGUUAGUUAUUAGUUGCCUUCCUCGGGGAUGUAGGUGUGGAAUAUGUUUUCAGAUUUUAGUAAACUAGGGAAAUGGUUUGCAUAUAUUUGAUCUAAAUUUGAAUUUCAAGAAAUGCAUUAUCAUGUAAUUUGUGCACAGAAAACCAAAGUGGGAAUAUAUUUUGAAGAACUGUGAACAGCUUUCCCUCCCUGCACCCUGAUUCCUCUCCUGAAACUGUCAUUAAAACAAAACACUAAGCCCUCAAUGAACACUAUCCUACAAAACCUACUUUUCUACCCUACCCUUUUGUGUUACUAUACCCCACUCCCUCUAGCAUGUAAGCUCAUUGAGCAGGGCCCACAAUUCCCUCUGUUCCUGUCCGUCCAACUUGUCUGGUUACAAAUAUGUGUCUGUUAGUCCGCUGUACAGUGCUAUGGAACUUGUUGUCGCAUUAUAAAUAAAAAUAAAAAAAAAAAUCUUAAAGGAAAAUUAUAAUGUUAAGAAUACAAAUCUGCAUUCCUAAUGUUAGUGUUCCUGUCCCUAGUAGUAUAAGAUCGUGUGUGUGUCCCUUCAGCAAAGAAUGGGUUAAAAGGUUUUUGCUCCCCUUGUUUCAGCACUGAGGCUCCACCCCCCCCCAUGUGCUUACCUCUUCUCCCCAGUAGUGUCUCAGAGGAGACAGGGCCUAUGCAAUGGGCCAAUCCAAGGCACAUCAUAUAUGAGCACUGGCGACCUAAUGUGCAUGCGCGGUGAAUGCUCUCCUAUGGGGCUUCCAACUCCCAUGACCAAGUUUAACAGUGCAGUGGUAGCUCCUCUAGUGGCUGUCAGUAUGUGGAUUCAACCCUGCAAUAUUUUACAUUGCAGGAUUAAAGGGUUACUCCAUCCAUAAAGACCAUUUCAGUGAUUUGAAGUGGUCAUGGUGGUAGCAGUAUGUAUGUGUGGUAUUUCAGUUGGAAACUACACAUACAGAGAUAUUGUUAAUUGUGUGCUGGGGUUAGUUGCAGCCACAGCAAACGUGCCAUUGGCAGUCCAGAACUCUGUUCCAGGCUGCCAAUGUUAAUUCUGUGCAUAAAAAAAUACAUCUGGCGUUGGUACGCACAGCAUGCUGCUGACACACUUGAAUAUCUCCCCUUGCAGGCAGUGCGCAGUGCAAGUGCCUCCUCCCACCUCCCUCUAUUGAGGAAACAUUUUUAAAAAAAAGUAAAAAAAACUCAUCCAUCCCACCUCGUUCCUGCUACUCCCCAAUCCAUUCCUCACCUUGCCGGCCCAGAGCAAGUGCAUGGUUUCUGAGCUGUCAAAAUGGUCCCAUCACAAAUUGGGCCAUACAAAGGCCCCUGUGACAUUGGAAGAGGUGUUGAACAUCCGUGCUGGGAGCAAUGCUAGAAAAACAUUUUUUGCUGGUUAUACUGCAAUCGAGGAAGGGGAACUUUCUCAAUGUUGCUCAACGGGGCAUUUUACACAGUAGAGGUCCCCAUCCCCCCAAAAAAGUAUUGGAGUAAUUAUUUUUAAAAGGACAGGGACAUUGCACCCCGACCACUGACCACAAGAGAAAGGACAUAGCCUGGGUGAAUGGUUUGAUUAACUUGCAUCAAAGCCUGUUUUUAUAUCUGCGAUCAAAAUCUGUUUUUAUAUCACUGAAUAAAAAAAAAAUAGCAAACUUUUCCAGGUUAGGACAGUGGAAAAUAUAUUUUACUUUUACAAUUGUGCAAUUUUUAUCAUUUUAAAUCUGUCCAGUAAUUUUUUAUUAAAAAAAUGUAUAAAAGACAUAUUUAUUUUUCGUCUUAAUGUUUGAUGUGAUAGCAGAAUUCUCUUAUCACGCAUGUGCCUAUUUUUUUCAUGAAUCGUCAAUGAGUAAUAUUGACGCUCCCCAUACUUUUCCCCCCAAUUUGGACUGAUUUUUUUCUUUCCUAUGCGGUUUCUAUCGUGACCAAGUCCUAUGUUUGCGUUGCAUCUUAUUAACGAGAUGUUUCCAAUGCCUGGCAGGAGUUAUUUUCUUUGAUCUGUUUUAAAGGGCUCGCAUCCUUGGAUAUUUAAUAAUCACAGAUUAUCUACACAAAGCUAUAAUUUAGAAUAAUUAAAGACUGUGAUAAAUUAAAGGGGAGCCUCUCUCUGAUAAAAAGAAGAGAAAAAAAGUUUCACAAAGGCUCACUGUGUGCCCUUUUAUUGAUUCUUUACUCUUUUUUAUUUUUUUUUCGAUUUUUAUUAGAAUUUAAACAUUUUAGUUGUUUACUUUUAUUCCUUUACAAUCAUUUUAUUUAUUGUAACAGAAGAAUAAUAAGAAUUGUGUUUAUAUAUUGAUCUUUUUAUUUGUGUCCAAUUACACACCAUAAAUCUAAAUUCUGUAUUUACCUCUGCCAAGCUCUGCACUUGCUUCCAUAUAGCUUUUGUAGCACAGUAUUCAUAAUUAUUAAAGGGAAACUCCACACACCUAAAUCACUUUAGUUUGCUGAAGUGCUUUAUGUGUGAAGUGUCCUAUUUUUUUUUAAUUUAGCAAAAAGUGGAUAUUUCUGUAACGGAGUAAACUUGCAGAAGCCAGAGACAGAGAGAUGGAUGCAGGUUUUCAGGAAGUAAGAGGUCUUUAUUAACAUACCGAUCGGGUCUCAGAUGAACUAAGGUUCCAAAACAGGUCUGAGGGCCGAACACAUGGAGUACAUGCUUUUUAUAGAACUAUAACUCCUCCCAUUAAUAGCUCCACCUGCACAUACCCUUAACCAAUCAGUGGAAAGCAUUUGGAUUUCCUCAUAUGGGGAGACCACAUAGCUUAUCCGAAACAAAGGAGAAAGGAGUGUGAUUUCAGUUCCUGCAUUCCUGCACAUGCUCAGUACAUUGAUGACAGUAUCUUAGCUACGUGUAACUAACUAACUGAUACAACAUACACAUAUGCCACGUGGAAAUCUCGGCCUACUAAAUUUACAUUUCACUGAAAUUCCAUCACAUUUCAAUAGAAAUUUGGGACCUUUUAUAAAUUAAUAUUGUUACACUCCCCUAGCUGUCAAUCAGAUCCGGUUACUUCCUGGUUGAUUAGCUCAGUGGAACUAAACUCCAGGGGCAGAACACCUGCUUUGCAAAGACUUCUCAUUGAGCGGCAUUAGGACGUCUGUGAUUGGACAGCUGCAGAAAGUCUGGGUGGGGGGGGGAGGACUUGCACAUGCUGCAGACACAAGCGAUGCAAUUUUUGUAAACUGUUCUUAGAUAUGCCUGCAGUGGGAAAAAUGCAAAAUUAAAGGGUUACUAUAACCCUUUGUCACAUGAAGAAGUUUUUGUAUCUAAUACUGACCUGUUGGGCACUAUAGCAAAUGUACCUUGAAUAGCAAGAUCCAGUAACAAUUUUCUCAUAGAGAAGCCAGUAAUUGGACUGUUUCACUGGCUCAGAGUGCGUGCACGCAAUUUGAGCCAGUGAGGGUACGAGGAGGAUGGGUGGAUUUCUUUUUCUCUUUCGGCAACAGCGGGAGGGAGCACACUCUUCCCUUGCAGGUACUCUGCCUGCAAGAGAGAAGAUAACGUCUGUCGCCAGUGCCCUGUGUGCACUUAUGACAGACUCAAAAUAUACACAGAAUUUACAUUAGGCAGUUCUAGGCUGCUAGUAUAACGUGUGCCGGGGGUGUACCUAGCCCCUUGCACGAAAGUGCAGAUUACUUAAAUUUCAGGUUGAAACAUUGCAAUUACAUAGUUCUACCACCAUGACCACUUCAAAUCAUUGAAGUAACCAUUUAAAUGGAAACAUGUUCUCAUUGUGGGUAUGUAUACUAAAUAGUGUCUUUUUUUUGUUGUUUUUUUUAUAUGCAUAUAACAUUUAUAGCCCAUCGUUGCUAGUCAGGUCUUAAGUUACUCACCACUACGAGCCUGGAGGGUCCACAAUAUACUCACCAGGGGUGACUUUCUGCUUGCCAAGGCUAAAUUAGUUUGUCUUUAUCCUGAUCUCACAUCCCUUCUUACCAUUUACUCUAAAGCUGCUAGGACAUAUCAAACUCCAAUCAGGGAAAGACAAGUUUCCACCCAGCAAUCUAAAACACUGUGAUUUGGAGCACAUGUGCAUUAGACUCCCUAUGCUUUCCUUUGGAUAAACAUUGGAUUGGCUUAGAUUAUCAGGAUUGAUGAUCUCAGCUAAGGAAGAGGGACCGGCAGCAUAGAGACAUCAUGAAAAACCUUCACAAAAGCAUAUCAAUUAAAUUGUUAAUGGCUCCAAAAAAAACCCACACAAAGUCUUCAUUGAAUACCAUUCUACCAAUCAACAUCCCUUGUCUUUUGUCUCACUUUCCCCCAAAAAGUGUUGGAGUAAUUAUGUAAGCAUGUAAGCUCAUUGAGCAGGGCCCUCAACCCCUCUGUUCCUGUGUGUCCAGCUUAUCUACUUACAAUUACAUGUUUGUUAGUCCACCCAUUGUAAACCGCUAUGGACUUUGUUGGCGCUAUAUAAUAAUAAUAAUAAUAAUAGAGACUGGCGUGGUGAAGGCUACAGAGAGUGUUAAUCUAUUUAUUUAUUUUUUAUUGCAAAAGGGGACAAUGGGGGUGCAGAGACAGCUAAAUAAUGUAGUAUAAUGUAUAGCUAUAGUAUUCCUUUAAUGAGGGAGAUACUUGAAAUCUGAUAAUUUUGGGAAAGUGACAGGUUCAGAUUAAAUAUGAUCUGUAAAGUUUCUUUUUCUUAUGAUUAGCUGCUAAGGGAGGUUUGAUGAACCUGAUAUUAAUGUUGUCUCGAGUUUUUCUUUGACUUAACCUGUGAAGAGUCCUUGUUGAGAUCACAGCUCAUAUGUUUAUAAUAGAUAGUUUAAACAAACUGAGACAUGUAUUCACAACAUCCUUUCUAGAGGCAGUAUCCGAGUGAAAUUUGUUUAAUGUAGCCAAGUAAGAAAUGUACAAGUCAUAACUCUAACUUUAUAUCUCAGAUGUGACUAAUCCUCUUUAACUUUUGAAGUAGGAACGGUUUAACGCCGAUGCAAUUUCCCUGAGGUUCCGUUUAAUGUCCAGUUAUCAUUGCUUUGUCCUUACUGCACUUCCAUUUUGUAUUCUCUUUAGAUUAGACUGUUGUCUGAUUGUUUGCGCUGUCACUAUUCAUUUCCCGUGUCCUUACAGUACAUUUACUUUAUCGUAAUGUGUUUAAUUAGAUGUGAGUUUUCUGUAGUUUCCUUGCAAUUAUUUACAAUGCAGUCUCCAGCUGGCUUAGCAGCAUGAUCACCAAUACUGCGUGAAGUCUUUCAGGAUAAAUGGAGGCCCACCAAAAAGUCUAUCCAUAUCCUCGAGAUGAACAAAUUGAGCCAUAUGGCAGUGAAUCAUAAUCAUAUUUUGUUGGACUGUCUAUCUCUAUUAAAAACAGAAGAGUGCUUAAAGCUAAGUGACUGGAUGAAUUGAAUGAGCACGCUGUUAUACAAAUAUGUUGUCAGACCCCAAAAUUAGAUUUUAGCUUGUAUUUAGGAGUACUGUUUUUACCACCUAGCAUUAUUGUUUUACUUUCUUCUUGUCCAUUUUUUUGACUGUGCAUUAUAUUACUCAUGAAAUUAGGUAGUUUUACGUUGAACAUGCCUUAAAACAGAGCUGUCACUUUUGUGGAUCUUUUAACAUUUUGCAAAGAACCCCAAAGGUCACAGCUCCAAUUAGGGUCCAGUGGCUGCUGCCACCUUGUUCCAGAGAACCGUGUUCAGAGGAGCCAGAUCAGUGUUGUACUCUCGCACACUUGUGACGGCUGCUCGAAUUGGACAAAAGUUGACCGCGGAGCUCCUCCGUUUGUCAACUUUUGCAAACCUCAUGCUUAACCUUACCUACUUUGUCUAAUGGCAGGGGUAGGCAGCCUUCUGGCACUCCAGAUGCUGUGGACUAUAACUUCCAUAAUGCUGUUCCAUCUUGAGUGCCGAAGGUUGCUUACGUUUGUCUUAUGGUAUUUUUGAAAUUCCAUGGAAGUAAUAUUUCUAUAUAUUUCUAUAUGAAAUAUUACUACCAUGGAAUUUCAAAAAAUAUAAAACAUACAGGGAUCCCAAUACUUUGUGUGCUUGUGUGUGUGUGUGUGUGUGUGUGUGUGUGUAUAUAUAUAUAUAUAUAUAUGUAUAUAUAUAUGUGUGUGUGUAUAUAUAUAUAUAUGUAUAUGUUAUCUGUGUAUGUAUGUGAGUGACUAGUUAUAUAUGUGUGUCUUGGUGUGUGAGUGAUAGAGAGAGAGAGGGGGGCUCUGUGUUUUGCCUUGUAUUUAUAUAUUCCAAGUGAAAAUUCCACCCUGGUGAAUAUGUCAUGGACUCUCCAUGCUUGCAGUGGCAAGUCACUUUUAAGGCCUGGCUAGUGGUGUAGGAUUUCAAAUGCUAAGCCUUCUAAGAAUAAGCGAUGAUUUCAAGACUACAAUAUGCAUCUUACUUUGUUCGGUAUUCUAUUUUCUGCUAAUAAUCCAUAGAAGAUAAUUGGAAACCCAGCUCUAGAACAGUUAUUAUCGUUUAAGAAACUAAUUAUUCCAGCGUUGGUACUAAAUGGGCUGCAUUUACAGUUGAAGUGCACCCCCCCCCCUCCCAAGAUGUCCAUCUGUUUAUAACUUUAAAAGUCUAUUAUCAGGAAUGUUUUCUUUCUACUCCCAUCGAGUAUGGUUCAAGAAAUGUAUUGCUGAUUUUCUUGUGAUUCUGUAAUAGUAGUGUUCAACCCAUACAUUCCUGCUGUGGAUGCUGUGUACAAGUUGAUACUCCCACUCUUGCAACCCUUUUGAUGUUUACCAUGAUUUUGAGGAUUAUGGGAAAUGUAGUUUAAUAUUACACGGAGAGCCAUGGUUGGACUCCCUUAGCUAGAAUAAUUUACACACAGCACAUUCUUUGAUAAUUAUCUUUUGGUAACUGCAUACUACUUUAUAUUCAUUUUUAUUCUGUUGGUGCUUAUUUGAACAGUAAUUAAACCUUACUAAGUUUUUUUGCAAAUAAGAUUUAUCAAAAACAAAUGAUGCUACACUGUGCGAGUCAGGGAAAGCGGGACAAUUCAAUACAUAACAGAAGACCGACCACUUUUCGAAUAAGGAAAACAGACUGCUCUGAUGGUUUCCUGUUGUGAAAUCUCAAGUACACAAUGUGCUACAUUAAUAUUAGACACCCUCUCCAUCCAUCAUUAAAUGUUCUCUUUUUUUUAAAUAAUUUUCUUUAUAUGAGUGCUGCUAAUUAGAGAGAUGAGAUGGUAGCUCAAUAACGAACAGAAAAUUGUUUCUAUUACUAAUAAAAAUGCAAUAAAGUUAAUUUCUAUAAUUUAAGUGCUAUGUGAUGUAUGAAUACAUCAUUGCUAUGACAUAGCAAAAUAGAUAUCUGAUCAGGAAUGCACACACUUAGACAUAGAUCUGUGCAUAGAUAAAUAGACACACAUAAAUACAUAGAUAAAUUGCACAUACGUUUAUUUACACUAUUGAUUAUAUAUGGUGAUAAAGAGAACAAAAUGUGUGAAUUUUCUCAAAAUACUGGUGCCCACUUUGAUAAUUCUAAUAGACACACAGUGUUGUUAUAUAACGGGUUAUAUUUAGGUUCUAACGUAUUCUAAAUGCAAAAAAAGGCACAUCAUGCCACAAAUAGGAUCUAGAAAAAUUUAUAUUUCUUCCACACUCCUAUGAUGCAAACUAGUAAACCGUAUUUAUGAAUGCAACCUUCAUUUCUGUGGGUCCUUAGUUGUGGAUCAUUGGUUUCUGUAUUUAUUUUAGGCUAAACAGUCAGGAUUUUACCUUAUUUUAUUGACAUCAAUGUAGCCUGUCUAUCAACAACCUGUACGUACCUGGAUUGGUGUACAUAAAAUAAUCCAUGGUGUACAUUGCUGUUUUCUUAUAAUAAAAGAAUAUAUAUUGGUAUUGGUUGCCAAGGGAACCCAUAGAAAUGUGGUUUGAAGUCAGAGAGUGAAACGCUGACAGCUAAUAUAUCUGUCUACUCGUACGUAAAUUAAAUCAUUUUUGAAGCUCACCAAAGCACAGAAUUAACCAGGUGUUUGCAGGCAAAACACGUACACAUACAAAAUAAAAAAAAAGUAAUUAUAGGUCUUGCUAAAUGAAGAGCAGAAAUUUGUGGUCCUAUGUCAAAUCAUACCAUGAAGCUUAACCUGCCAUCUACAACAUAUAUGGAUAACAAAAUAUGGAAAAAACACAGCGAGGGAACCGGCUGUUAAUCUAAAUAGAAAUAAAUAAAGAAAGAUAUAGUGUAAUACAGUUUACAAUAUGAACACUGCGCAAUAUGAAAUGCACUCACAGGAUUUUGGACAGAUUCAAGCUUGUAAGGUGCCUCCCCCGAAAAAAUGGGGGGUUUAGGGAAAUCCCCUGGAUACUCUCUCUCCAAUACAGGACUCCGGGUGAAGUUUGAAAAAGCAGCUUUAAUUCAAUAUUAAAAAAUAUAAAGGUAAAAUAAAUAUCUUUAAGCCUGGAGGCUGCUUUUUUUGGAUUGUAUUGUAUCAAAUUGUAUUUUAAUAUUUGUGGUCCCUGAGGAAGUCCCUAUUUUGUUAAAGGGACGAAACGCGUAGGACCUUAUUUAUAUUUAUUUUAUCUUUAUAUUUUUUAAUAUUGAAUUAAAGCUGCUUUUUCAAACUUCACCCGGAGUCCUGUAUUGGAGAGAGAGUAUUCAGGGGAUUUCCCUAAAACCCCCCAUAUUUUCGGGGGAGGCACCUUACAAGCUUGAAUCUGUCCAAAAUCCUGUGAGUGCAUUUCAUAUUGCGCAGUGUUCAUAUUGUAAACUGUAUUACACUAUAUCUUUCUUUAUUUAUUUCUAUUUAGAUUAACAGCCGGUUCCCUCGCUGUGUUUUUUCCAUAUUUUGUUGUCAAGCUGAUCGCUAGCUGGGAGCGAUCAGAGGGAGGCUGUAUUCAUCUACAUUCGAUAAGUAUCUUUGCAUAUAUGCUGUAUGUGUAUAAGGUACAUUAUUGUUGGUUGUUUUGGUUAGUUAUAUAUGGAUAACAGCAAUGUUUUUGAUAGGUAUUUAGAAAAUUUAAAGGAACCCUAUAGGCCAAGGAACACAAAUGUAUUCCUGACCAUGUAGUGUUAAAUCCACUAGGAAGUACCUCUAGUGGCUAUCAGAGUGGUGGCCACUGGAGGUUCCCCUAGGUGUCAAUGUAAACACUGCCUUUUCGUUGCAGGGAUAUGCUUUACUCACGAGAACAAAUACAUUAAGCUGAAGUUGUUCUGGUGACUAUAUUGUCCCUUUAAACUUAAUAUUGUCAAAAUCAUCAGCACAUCUAUAAGUUUAAAAAUAUAUUUACUGGGAGAUUGUGCCUGUCUCCUCCAAGGUUGCAAGUGGAGGUCAUUUUACCCAAAUAUAUGGCUGCACCAUGACAUGAUACAUAGCAUGGAUAGCAAGAAACCAAAGUGUGUGUCCAUUUCAUAGACUAUAUUUCUGUUUUACCUGCAUGCCUUUGCCUCAAAAUGCUAAAAACAUUGUGUCUGUAUAUUUGAUGGCUAGCACAGUGUAUACUUUGAAUCAUAUGUUUAGAUGUGACACGUGUUUCUAAAAUAAGUAAAGGUUCCCUUGAUUCUGGUAACAUUUCUGUCUGGUUUUUGGUAGGAGGAAAAGACACAAUAUCUUUACAUGAUCCAGCACCUCCAAGUCUGCAGCGACCAAAAUCCCCAGUUAUUGCAUUUACUGAAAUACCUUGUCACACACCACUAACAUAUGAAGGUAAGCUAGCGAGACAGAAGCUAGGCAGCCCGUCCUUACUCAAUCUGGAUUUUUUCUUUUACUAAUAAAAAAUUGACAACUUGAGAUCUGAACAGUUGACUUCUGCCAUCUUUAUACAAUUACUAUUUUUUAUUUAUUUCUGAUUGCAUAUACACAAUGGUAGGUCUCCAUUUUAUGUUGUAGAUAAUUGGCUAUAGAUAUGUUUAUCUUUGAAUAGUGUGAGAACUAUACUGUACUUUCUAUACCUUUUUUAUCAUUAAAUUACAAAACUAUUUUUUUUACUUCAGCGUCAGUUUGGCUAGUAGGAUACACCUGUUCUUGCACCAUUCAGAAUGUUUAUACAGAAGGAUCAUUCAACAUUUAUUGAUCUAUGGACAUUCCAGUCAUGUUGACAGAACAGAAGUCAGUUUUUUUCUAUUUUCAUUCCUGGAUAGAUAUUAAGUAGUUAAUUUACUAAACGUCAAAAUCUAGCAAAUUGCCAACCUUUAACAGAGUUGGAUAUUUUUCCCACAUCUGCUAUUUAAUAUGUUUGUUUGUUCAAGAUUUUGCCAUUCAGAUUUUAGGAUGUUCCAAUGUACAGUUAAGUGAAUAACCAAGCCUGUGUCGUGUUGACAUUUUAUAUUUCCUUGGUUGUUGCAUCAUUAAAUCCAGUGCUGCAGUUUUACCUUUAGUCACCUAGAAAAUCCGCUUCCUUCGGAGUAUAACAAAUGGAUAAUGUCUGUCCUGUAUAUCAAACGAUGACUUUCUUGCUCUGUCAUGAUAAAAAUGCUUUCCUUGAGCAUUUAAGAACAGUCCGUCCAUGCCAUGAGAACAAAAUAAGCUGGAUCUGAGAGAUGUGUACCCAGCCUUUAAAAAUGAGUGUGCUUACAUAUAUCGGUUAAUGUGACCUCCAUGAGAACAGAAAUGUCUGUAUUAUUUAAAAACAAGAUCUCGUCAUGAAUAAGAAAAACUGGAGUAAGUGUGUCUUAUAGCUUAAAUCAUAUUUUUUAUUUGUGACAAAACAAGCCAAAGGGCCACCCAACGAUGCAAGCAGGUGUUCUGCUUUCUUUCCUUUGUAGAAACAAAUGUUGCAUAGGAGUUUUGCGUUUGAUGUCUCAAACGAGACAUGCAGCUAUAAUAUAGUGCAGCAUGGUGAGAUUCCUAAUCUGUGUAACAGCAAGCUGCCUGAACAUGAUGGGAGUUACAUAUGUUAACAGCUGCCACCAUCAAUUGUUUCCCUACUCGUUAGACACAUUCAGGGUAGAUUGAGACGCUGUAACCCUCUCUACUAUGCAUUUCGCCUGCCAUAUGCCUAGUGGAAGAGGGGAAGAUUUAAUGAUGACAGCCACAGCGUUUAAUGUACUUAUUAUAAUAUUGUCAUCAAAAUUACUAAAAGCUUUUUCAAAAAUGUAAUUUGAGGGACUCUUUUCCAACCUAGUAUUGGUUAACAAAUAAGAUAAAAAUGACUGUAUUUUAAUGCUGUUUGAAAUACAGAAAUACAUAUUCAUAUUUUAGUUUAGCAUAACUAUAAAAGUUUUUUUUUUUUUCACAAAGAAUGAACUAAUAUUUAUAUUUUCAUAUCUCCAGCUCACAGGCAGCCAAGCCUUGAUUUAUGCUCUACAGCUUUGGAAAUGACUGCUAAGAGUGAAACGAACCAACAGUUAGAAAACUCACAAGAUCCCCUUGGCAAUGCUUAUGAAAACAUGUACCUCCACCCUUUAAUUCCACUUUUUAGUUCAGAGAAAGAACAGCGAGGAAAGCAGAUUGUGGAACUUGCAGAUGAGCUGUCUUCAGUGGAGUUGGAAGAAAGCCUUCUACAAUCUCCUGUUGACAACCAAAUUGUGUCAAUAAGCCAAGAUCCCCUCGCCAGUUUGGUGUCCCCCUUGUCUAGUCCAGGACUUUCUGAUACAACAGCAGAAACCCCGAUCUUGCCAGCAACUGAUAGUUUCUUCCAUGAAAUGCAAAACACAAAUGGGGGACUUUCAGAAAACAGUGAAGGACAAACGAAAAUGGCUGGACUACAUCGGGAGGCUGAAGAACUGGAGAAAGUUGAAGAAAUAAAAGAUGAGAAAACAAAGCAUUGUGAAAUGACUGAAAGGGACUCUCUAGACACAGGAGUUCAUGACGAUGAAAAAUGUUAACAUUUUGAUGAUAACUCAACACAUACAACUGCCAAAGCUCCAUUUUUGUUGUUGAGAUCCGAAGUUGUAGUUUUUUUUGUUUUUUUUUUUGUAAUGAACAUCCGUCAAACAGACAAACUAAAAAAUAUAUGUAAUCCAUGUAAACUAGGUCAUUUCAUUCUUCUGCAUGUUUUAGAUGGUGCAAUAUGAUUUCCUUUUUUAUUUUAUUGUUCUUUUAUGUGUGUUAAAAUUCAUGUAUUACAUAGCUGCAAGAUCAUUUUAAUUUAGGCAAUGUGUAUUGUAUUAAUGUUUGGGGACAUGUUUCAUGGCAGACAGUAAUAAGUACGUAUGAUGGAAUUGUGCAUUUUACAUAUGUCCUGAGUGGGCUAUGAUAAUGUACAUGAAUACAGUGACACCAUUGGAAAAUUCUGUUAUUACUACAAUAUGCAUGAACGUGCAACAUCUAGCAAGAAAUGUAUUUGUUCCAUGGAUUACUGACCAUCUUUAUAACAUAGAAAGUUUUUAUUGAUUUCUUUUCUAGGUUCUGGUUGUGUACAGACACGUUAUCCACUUCUUCCAUGUUUUAUUAUCCAAUACCCAUAGGUGACAUUAUUACAUACACUAUGAAGCAAUCCUUUAAUCAGAGACCCACCCCAUGCAUACUUGAAGCCGACUGUAUGGAGAUUCUAAGUUAUAUUUAUUAUGAUUGAGAAAUAGAAUUUGGCGUUAUUCAUUUAGUUCUCACCUGCAUCAGGUAUUAAUUGUCUCUCCUGAGACGUUUCUGCAGCUUAAACAAAGGACCGAACGCAUUCAUCUUUCCAGCGUAAAUACAGUAACUCACACCAUCUGCCAACCAGUGCAACAUGGCAGGAUGUGUUUGUUGUUCAAUAGGUGAGGUUUCCAGCGUUUGCAUAUUUUCCGCUUGCACAAGGAAUUCUGUGCAUGUCUUUUGUAUGUUUUGACCUACUGUUGUUCAAAGUGCUAUUUCCAAUUAUUUAUCAAGUUGUGAGGUAUUUUUGUUAGUUUUGUUAUAUAGUUUCUCAUGCAGACAGGUUAUAUUGUGUAUAUUCUUUUGUUUAUUUAUGCUGUAUUGUCUCGAAUUACACAUCAAAAACACCAAAGUUUGUACAUGGCAAACAUAGGAUAUAUUUAGUUGCUUUAUCUAAUAAAACCAAUCAGUAAGUCUUACCAUGAUAUUUUUUGAACGUAUACAUUUAGUUUGUAAAUAGACUGUGUAAAUAUUCAGUCAAUGCUUCAUCCAUACUCUGGUUUUUUAUCAAAAUAUGUAACAAU